GGAUGCAAGAGACAUUGAGAUUCCUAACAUAAGAUGGGAGAUUUUUGAAUUAAUGAUGAGGUUCAUAUACACAGGAUCAGUCGAGGUUACCAACAUGGUGGCACAAGACCUCCUAAGAGCUGCCGAUCAGUAUCUUCUGGAGGGCCUCAAACGCCUGUGUGAAUAUAGCAUUGCACAGGAUAUUAGCAUCGACAACAUCUCCAGCAUGUAUGAAUUAUCUGAGGCAUUCAACGCAAUGUCCUUGAGGCAAAAUUGUAUCUUGUUUAUUUUGGAGCAAUUCGAUAAACUAAGCAUCGUACCUGGGUAUUGUCAUCUCAUCCAACGAAUCAUCCCUGACAUCCGCAGCUACUUUGAUAAAGCUUUGAAGCCUAAUCCGAGCAUCACUCAAUCCUAACUAUUCUUUCUUGACGCUGUGUAGGGUAACUUGUGCUGAUAGGGACUGUACAGUUUGAGCCUAUUUGCACCAUUGUUUUUUGUUCUUAGGGAGGGUGAGUUUGAGGGAAGAACAUGCUGUCUGCAUCGUCUUUUUUUGUUUGGUAGAAAUGAUUAGGAACGGGAUCCCAGCUAAUUACGCCUCCUGCAAUUUACAAUCAUCUAAUCUAAAAAUGGGCUAACUUGUAUUUGUAGAA